CAUAUAUCAGACUACGGUACAUCUCCAUACUGUACACAACCCUGCACCAUGUCCUCCUUCUUGGUCAGAAUCCCUUGCUCCUCGGCCAACAUUGGCCCUGGUUUCGAUGUGAUUGGUCUGGCAUUGUCCCUUCAUCUGGACCUUCACGUCACUGUCGAGGCCAAAUCCUCCUCGGAGCUCCCCUUCAACUGUGCCAUCACCUAUGAGGACCAGAGCAAGAGUGUCGAGCAGAUCAGCUUGGACCCCGAGGUCAACUUAAUCACCCGUGUAGCUCUGUAUGUUCUGAGAUGCCAUAACCAGCGGGCCUUCCCCGUUGAGACCAAGGUGCACAUCGUCAAUCCCAUCCCAUUAGGUCGGGGUCUGGGUUCGUCCGGUACCGCUGUGGUUGCCGGUGUGAUGCUGGGUAACGAGGUGGGCAAGCUGGGUUUGAGCAAGGAACGCUUACUGGACUAUUGUUUGAUGAUUGAGCGGCACCCGGAUAACGUGGCUGCUUCCCUCUUCGGUGGCUUCGUUGGUACUUAUCUGAAUGAUCUCAAGCCGGAGGAUGUGGCCCGGAAGGAGAUCCCGCUCAGUGAGGUCCUACCUGCUCCGGCUGGUGGUGUGGAUACCGGCAUCAGGCCCCCAGAGCCUCCUAUGGCCAUUGGCCAUUACAGAAAGUUCAAUUGGGCUCCGGAGAUCAAGGCCAUUGCCAUUAUCCCCGACUUUGUGGUGCCCACCGCCAACGCCCGUAAUGUACUCCCAGAGACCUACACAAGGGCGGACGUGGUUUUCAACCUUCAACGCGCGGCCCUACUUCCUGCGGCCCUGGGAAGUUCCCCGCCGGAUCCUGAUAUGAUCUUCCUGGCCAUGCAAGACAAGGUGCACCAGCCGUACCGCAAGACCCUGAUCCCAGGCCUGACUGAGAUCCUCCAAUUCAUGACCCCAUCCACUCAACCCGGUCUGUUGGGAAUCUGUCUCUCUGGUGCAGGACCAACCAUCCUGGCAUUGGCCACUGAUCGCUUUGACGAGAUUGCUGACCGCAUCAUCGCACGGUUCGCUUCCAACAACAUCUCGUGCCAAUGGAAGUUGCUGGAGCCCGCUCAAGACGGCGCUACUGUGAACUAUAACUAAACAUCUGGCGCGUUUUAUUUCGUCAUAACAUGAUCGCUGUCCCGCGUUCGUCAUGUCUCUAAUAAUGUCAGACAUGGCAUGAAGGCUGCAUUGUGUAUUGCGCUCCGAGGGAAACAUAUAUUGGGAGGGGAAAUGCUCUGCUUUUCCUUUCCUGCUACUCACGUGGGUUAUGCAUCUCGGUUCACCGCUGUUCCUUGCGUUGCAGGCUGCAUGUGAGUCUUCCGACUCGGAAAGUUGGGCUUACUCUUAGAUUUGUGUCUUGUUCAGGAUUUGUGCAUGAUACAGACGAGUCGCUUACAGCGCUCUAAUAGCUCGGGUUGGACGAUCUGUUUAUGGCAACUAUAUAGAUGGCAGACAUCGAAUGAAAUCAUGAUCAUACGUAUAACAACAAUGAUAAGAAAUGCGAAUUUACUGCAGGGUUAACGUCGUCAAGGAUAAACUCAACAUCUAGAACACAUGUAGUCAACUCAGAUUCUGAUACCUUUGGAUGUUGUACAGUAG